AUGCGUGCGUCGAUCCUGCAAGAAGCGCUUGCUGCGUCGGGAUGCACCAUCGAUAGGCAUGGAGCAUUGCAAGCGCACAUUGCAGAAUCGUUGGAGGAUGCGAUGGUGAACGAGCUGGAUCGUGCUCACAUUAAUGAAGACACACAUACUGCUGCGCUGCAAACGCCAGUGGAUCCACUCGUGUGGCUGCUCGGUAUGGUGCGGCCAGUGCCGACAGCGCGGCCUUUGCGCGAGGAGACGAAGGAUGUACAGGAGCACGAUGAUUUUGCGGCCAGUACUCAGCAGCGCGAUGCAGCAGUGCCGCCGCCUGUUGUCGAGCUUACGUACAUGGUGGCCGCUGAAAAAUGUCCGCCGCCCCUACAUGCGGCACGAGCGGAUUUGCCAGCGCCAGCGUCAGCGUAUGCCGACCCGUAUGGCUUUCGCCAUGUGGCGCGAGAUGCACAGCACAAUGCAGAGUCCAAGCGUGGCUCUACGCUCAGUGCCCCUUCCUUGCGCGAGCUGCUCGACGUGUACGACCAAAAGCAAGAGGCGCGUAAAGAGGAAUGGGAUGCCUACCUGGUGAAGCAUGCACCCGCCAUAGAAAAUGCACCCCAGUCGGCAUGGCAGGGUUUAUUUCUCCGCUUGCGCAGGCUUGACAUGGCCACAUCCAAUGGAAAAGCGCAGUGGCGCAGUUUCCAGCGUAUGUGCACCCACGGCGUCCCCAUGGCGUACCGUCCCAUGGUAUGGUCCGAAUGUGUACGUGCUAGCGAGCUUGCCGAGCCUGGACGGUACCAGGAGCUUGUCGCAGCUGUGGACCAAGCGCCCAAACGAGAUAAGCAAAUCACUCUGGACGUAUUCCGCACGAUGCCAACCAACCUUUUCUUUGGUAAAAGCGGCGCGGGUGUCGCCAAGCUGCAGCGCAUCUUGGAAGCACACUCCAUGUACAGUCCCUCGCGAGGAUAUUGCCAAGGCAUGAAUAACAUCGCGGCGAUACUUUUGCUCACGUACGCGAGCGAAGAAGAUGCAUUUUGGGCGUUUGUCGGGAUCAUUGAAACGAUCCUGCCGCCCGCAUACUUUGCGACAGAAAUGCACGUUGCCCAAGCGGAUCAGCGGAUCCUGCUUUCGCUUGUGCGCACCGGCAUGCCGCGCAUCGCUGCGCAUAUGCGAGCGCUGCGCGUAGAACUUGCUGCUGUAACCUAUGCUUGGUUUCUUUCUCUUUUUACAAGUUCGCUACCGGCCGACACGCUCUUCCGAGUCUGGGAUAUCUUGCUGGUGGACGGUAGCAGUGCCAUGUUCCGCAUUGCGUAUGCGAUUCUUGCUUUGGACGCACAAGAAUUGCUCGCGACACAAACCGCCGCUGCAUUUUACGACCGCCUGCAUUUGGCGGCGGCGCAGCUAACGGAUGCAGACAGGUUGAUCGAGGUAUCUCCGUGCGUCGAUCCGUGCGUCGUAUAUCACGACGCGGCGUAA